AGUCUAUCUCUACACAGAGAAGCCUCUAUGGAUAUGGUUCUUUGGUCUCUCCACAUCUUAUCCUCUUUCUGUUUCAUUCCUCUCCCUGUCUCUCCUAUUAAAAUCUGAGGUCUGGCCCAUUUUAGGCUCAUACCUAUUCCUGCGUCGACUACCACCAUCAAAGAACCUUUGGAGCUCUUCAGCAAAACAAAACAAAAAAAGAAAGAACCUUUGGAGCUCAGAAGGACACGGGGAGAAGUUUCUUUGCUGUGUCUCCAAUGCCAAAAACUGACCCACCUUAAAAUUCCUUCUUUUCUGAUUUGCUUUUGCUUCUCCGUUCCCCCCAUUGGAUUAAAGGCCAAAAGGUAUAACCUUUCCUUCUGGUUUCGAGGUAAAAACAGGCCCCAUUUUGAGUUUCAACUCCGUCUCUCCUAUUAUCUACCAGAAUUUUAUAACCUUUUUUAGCGGAAGAAUCAACAAUAGGCACUAAAAGAAAGUGUCUUUUGAACUCCACUGGCCUUUCUUCACCGAGAAUCCGAUGCCUGCUGCAAAAAAAGCUCAAAUUCUGUCAGGUAAAAGAGCACUACUCUUUGCUCUUAACUCAUCUCUAAUUUCGAGUCCAUGUUCUGCUCUCUUGUCAGAUAAAUAUUGAAUCCAAAUAGCCAAAAAACCAACAUUUAUCGCUCCAGUUCCUUCUUUUGCCACCAUUAUCAACGAGGCUUCAAACUCCAGAAGAAACUUGGGAGUCCUGUAGUAGUUAGAAUCAGAGAAGGUUAGAGAGUGGGGAAUGGACAACCAGCAGCCACACUCAUUUCCACAAGCUCCCUUCCACCACCUCCUCCAGCAGCAGCACCAGCAGCUCCAGAUGUUCUGGAACUACCAGCGCCAAGAGAUCGAGCACGCCACUGACUUCAAGAACCAUCAGCUCCCCCUCGCCCGCAUCAAAAAGAUCAUGAAAGCUGAUGAAGAUGUUAGAAUGAUAUCGGCCGAGGCUCCCAUCCUCUUUGCCAAGGCCUGCGAGCUCUUCAUUCUUGAGCUCACCAUCCGGUCUUGGCUCCACGCCGAGGAGAACAAGCGGCGGACCCUGCAGAAGAAUGACAUUGCCGCGGCGAUCACGAGGACUGAUAUAUUUGACUUCCUUGUGGACAUUGUUCCACGAGAUGAGAUCAAGGAGGAGGGGCUGGGACUGGUGGCAGGUGGCAGUGGUGAUGCUGCUCCUGGGGUUCCAUACUACUAUCCUCCAAUGGGGCAGGCUGGGUCAGGUGUGAUGAUGGGGCAGCCAGCAGUGGCUGGGAUUGAUCCAUCAAUGUACAUGCAUCGCUCGGCGCAAGCUUGGCAGCCGAUGUGGCAGCAGGGGCUGGUGGAGGAUGGGUCAUAUAGUGGAGAGGGUCAGGAUUUUGAUGGGCAGGGCUAUAUUGCUCAUCCUCCUCCCCCUCCCCCACCUCCACCCAGUUCUUAGCUGAGACAAGGAAUGGAGAAAAGGAACAGAUAUGUUUCAUAUUGUUUCAAGUGCUUUUCAUUGAGAUUCUGAAUCUGCAGAUGCAAUUUAUGUGACGUUGGCUGUGAUUUUUAAACUUUGAAAUCAUGUCACUUAAUUGUUAUGAAUUGCUGGAUUAAUUGUUCUUUCUAUGAUAAGUUUCUGAUUUUGUGUCA